UUUCCAGGUACCUCAUAAUCUAUGGAAACAAGGACACGUGUUCUGGCUCCCACGCAGAUAGCAAUAUCAGCCUCAACUAUCUGAUUUCACCGUCCGAAGAGAAGUUCUUCUCCAUCUGACACAGGGUCUUCCGUGGAAAUCAUGGCAACGAAGUGCCUUCCCAGAAUCGCGGCGGCGAUCGCGAUCGUCCUACUCUCCCUCGCCCGAUGCCAGGGUUUCACCCCCAGGAACUGCCGGACGCUGGAGGGAGCCGCGGGAUCGAUCUUGGCGUGCAACGAGGACGAGGUCCUCUCCCUUCUUUUCCUCUCCCUUCUUUUCCUCUAA